AUGCAACCAGUAGAAGAUAUCUUUGAAACCUGGUCUGAUGACGAUGCCACACCCAUAGGCACACCCGGUGAUGGUGUUGAUGUUUCUACCCCUCGUACUAAAGAGGAGCAAGUUAAUCCCUUUCAAAGGAAAAAGCAACCAAAGACAUCAGCGGUUUGGAAUAAAUUUAAAGAGAAGCGUGUGCUCAAUUUUGUUCAUAUACCAGCUCCUCGACCUGAUGUUGAGAUUGCUGCUACUAUUCAUAAGUGUUUAAUUGAAUGGGGAAUUGAAAACAAGGUGUUCAGUAUCUCGGUUGACAAUGUUUCAAGUAAUGACGCAGCAAUGAAGAUUUUGAGGGAGAAUUUAGGAAGAAACAAGAAGCUAGUGUGUGGUAAGAGGUUAUUUCAUGUGCGGUGCACGACACACAUAUUGAAUCUCAUGGUUCAAGAUGGGCUUUCCCAAAUUAAGCCCUUCAUUCAAGACCUACGUGACUGUAUUUUGUAUGUCAAGCAAUCAGAGACUAGAGCAAUUAUGUUUUUAGAGAUUGUUCAGAUGUUGCAGUUGCCCAAGCGGAAACUCAUACUUGAUUGGAAAACGAGGUGGAAUUCUACUUAUCAGAUAUUGACACUUGCAAUUCAAUACAGAGAUGUGUUUCCAAUGUUAGUUCAAUUGGAUAAUAACUUUAAUUUUGCCCCAAUAGAUGAAGAUUGGGAAAAACUUAAGAAAGUGUGUGAGAUUUUGGAAGCUUUCAACUCGGUAACUAAUGUCAUAUCAGGGAGUGAGUACCCCACUUCUAACUUAUUUUUGCAAGAAAUUGUUGACAUAAAAGAGUUGCUAGAUGAAAAGUGUUAUGAUGAUGAUGAUUUUAUUCGAUCAAUGGUGGGAAAGAUGAAAGAAAAGUUUGACAAGUAUUGGGGGGAACGCAAUUUCGUAAUGGCAAUUGCAGCUGUAUUGGAUCCGAGGUUGAAAAUGAGGUUACUACAAUUUGCCUACCCACAAAUGUAUCCUGAUGAAGAAGCACAAGAAAAAAUUGAUGAAGUGCAAGCUGCCUUGUAUGAGAUUUAUGAGGAAUAUGCAGCGGAAACUCAAUCUUCCAACAGUGAACCACCUAUAGAAAUCAGUAAAGUUCAACGAGACAAUGUACAACGCCCUAAACGUACUAGUUCACGGUUCUGCCAGUUUGUUAGAACAACUCAAACGGUGCAACAUGAGAAAUCUGAGUUAGAUCGUUAUCUAGAGGAGAAAUGUUUGUUAUGGGAAGAGGAUGAUACUUCAUUUGAUGCGUUACAAUGGUGGAAGGUAAAUCAAACGAACUAUCGCAUUCUAUCUAUGAUGGCUCAUGAAAUACUUGUCAUUCCAAUCACCACAGUUGCUUCGAAGGCAACUUUCAGUGCGGGGAGUCGAGUUAUUGACACUUAUCGAUCAUUGUUGUCUCCCGAUACCGUGCAAGUGCUACUCUGUGGUGGUGAUUGGUGUCACAAUCUCUAUGGAGUCAAGAAAAGUUACAAAAUCAACGUCAACUGGAGCUCAAGUAGGCAACCAACUGAGCCAAAUGGAACUGCAAUAUCUUUGGUUGUGGGUCUAUUUGUUGAUGCUAGCUUGCUUCAGUUGUUAUAUGAUUUGUUUCUCUUUUUCUCCCUGAUGUUGAAGAAGGGUGUUGAUGAAGGAAUAUGGUCUACAAAAUUUGUUUCCCGAUAG